GGGGUGAGUUGGAUAGGAAUGCCACCGGGAUCUACUCUCGACGCACGCAUCGUGCAGCACUCAUACUCAUCAUACGAAGACGAUGCAGAACAGGAUUCGGGAUUGAUAAAAGCAGCUCUCCACUUUGACCCGGAAACGAGAAUCCGGUGAAGUGUCGGAGGAGGGAACAAUGGCGACCCGUGCGCUCAUCGGAGCUCUCAGCAAAGCCACCUUUCGGCUGCCUACCCACCGAUUUCUUUCCGUCGGUCCCAUUCCGAGAUUUGCUAGCACGUUGGUUAUAGCCGAACACGAAGGCGGUUCUAUCAAGGCGCCAUCACUGAGUGCAGUCGAGGCGGCAAAGUCUCUGGACAAGGACAAUUCAAUUUCGAUGCUGUUGGCUGGCUCGGGUCCUUCCUUACAAGAAGCAGCUGCCCAUGCUGUCUCGUGUCAUCCUUCGGUUUCUAAGGUACUUGUUGCUGAUUCAGAUAAAUUUAUGCAUCCUCUUGCAGAACCUUGGGCAAGACUGAUCCAGCUGGUUCAGCAGAGAGAGAAUUUCUCGCAUAUAGUUGCUGCCUCUGGUUCAUUUGGGAAGAAUAUACUCCCUCGAGCUGCUGCCCUCUUAGAUGUCUCUCCAGUGACUGAUGUUGUAGAAAUUUCAGAAUCAACAAAGUUUGUUAGGCCCAUUUAUGCUGGAAAUGCACUAUGUACAGUUCGAUAUACUGGUGCUCACCCUUGUAUGUUGACCAUCAGAUCCACAUCAUUUCAGGUGCAACCUGAUUCCACAGAGACAAAGGCUCACAAUGCUCCUAUUUCUCAGGUUGAUCUCUCAACCUUUGAGGCAGAUACAAUUGGUAAAUCUCAAUAUGUGAAACUGACAUCCCAAGAGAGUGAACGCCCUGAUCUUGGUAAUGCACGGAUUGUGGUCACCGGCGGUCGAGGACUGAAAAGUGCCGAAAACUUCAAAAUGUUAGAGAAGCUAGCAGAAAAGCUUGGUGCAGCAGUGGGUGCUACACGUGCUGCUGUUGAUGCGGGGUUUGUUCCAAACGACCUCCAGGUUGGUCAAACUGGAAAAAUUGUUGCCCCAGAAUUAUACCUGGCUUUUGGUGUUUCUGGAGCCAUCCAACACCUUGCAGGCAUGAGAGAUUCCAAGGUCAUAGUCGCUGUAAAUAAAGAUGCAGAUGCUCCUAUUUUUCAGGUUGCUGAUUACGGGCUUGUCGGCAAUCUUUUUGAGGUUAUACCAGAGUUGCUAGAGAAGCUUCCUGAGAAGAAAUAGACCAUUGUAGAUAGAGUAAUAAAAAAAAAAAUGGGAUGUCAUGUAAAGUUAAAAUUUGGAAAAGGUCAUUGGAGUAAAGUGAACUCCAUCUCUCUGCAAAUUAUUCAGCUUCUCUGCUUUUCAUUUCAGUACUAUUGAAAUGUUCUCUAAAUGUUCUUAAUGUUUUAGCAUAUGACGUUGGUUCACCAAAA